AUGACUACUUCAGUGUUGAUCUUCUCAUUGGCGCUCAUAGCGUUUGGGUCAUGUGGUCGUCUGGAACCCCAGUACCUGCCACCGAGACCUGGAGGUGGUGGUUUCGGAGGUGGUGCUGGUAGUGGAUCUGGUGGAGGAGCGGGAGGUGGUUCCUUUGGGGGCUCUGGUGGGGGUGCAGGGGGUGGUUUUGGGGGCGCUGGGGGUGCAGGAGGAGGAUCCGGUGGUGGCUUCGGAGGAUCUGGCGGAUCAGGAUUUGGAGGCGGCAGCGGCGGCGGCAGUGGCAACCAAAUACCAAUCACCAAGUUCGAGAAUGUCAACAACGGCGACGGAACUUACCAUUUCGAUUACGAAACCGGCAAUGGCAUAUCAGCGCACGAGAGUGGAAAACCAAGUGCCCAGGGUCCCGAAGGUCCUGCGGUGACGGCUGAGGGAGGUUUUUCCUUCAAAACUCCUGAUGGUCAGCAGAUCUCCCUCACCUACACUGCUGAUGAGAACGGUUUCCACCCCGUCGGACCCCAUCUACCUACCCCACCUCCCAUUCCUGAAGAAAUCCUUCGCUCCAUUGAGUUCAACAAACGCAACCCCUCAUCUGAGGGAUCCUACAAUGGCGGCGGCGGUGGUUCCGGUAACGGCGGAUCCGGUUCGGGAGGGAAUGGAAAUGGCUACCACUACUGA